GAUUGCGGCGGAAGCGGUUGCGGGAGCCGAAAACGCAACUACGAGCCAUAUGAAUAAUGAAGUCAGUGCGUUUAGUGCGAUUACAGUGCCCGAGAUGUCAUAGUUACAGUGAGAAACUCUAUGUUAGAAUUUGGUUCUUUAUUCUAUGGCACUGCGGUGUCGUGGAUGCAGCCAUACAGUUUCUUCAUAGAAUAUUUCUCCAUACAGUUUCUCCCGUAGCGCGUGCGCGCGAGCGCGGUCGCAGACUGCUAUAUAAACUGGCGUGGACCACCAAGAAUUCGAACGUUUGGGCCCUCUGCAAAUGUGUGCAUCUCGCAUCGAACCCGAAAAGCGCUGAGCCACAUGCGCAUGCGCACAGGGUACUACAAACAAGUUCGGCCUCGCAAGGAACGGACAUCGUCUGCGCCUGCGGCUUGGAACGACAGAGCCUACGUCACGGGUCUCUCCGUAUAAAAGAAGCCACUCAAGCCCCGAAGACUGCACUUGGCAGUAGCGACUGCACAGGAUCAACAAUGGGAGUUCUAGGUCUCCAAACUUUCAUGGAGACAUGUGUACCAGGUGGCUAUAGACAAAUAAACAUCUUGGACGAAGCGCAAAAGCACGUUAUCUACAAAGCUCCAGGCAUGAAGCCCACAAUAGUAGUGGAUGGCUUAAGUUUGAUCACGUGGCUCUAUAAUAGGACGAGUGACUACAUAUAUGGAGGCCCAUGGAGGGGCCUCGCCCACAUUGUGACGGAGUUCGUGAGAACGUUUCAAGAGAAAGGUAUUGACUUGGUUUUUUUUUUCGAUGGAUGGGUGUCCCACACAAAGGCACGGGUUUGGCACUCUCGCCGAAGUCAACGAGUGCUUGAGAUUAAGAAGGUAUUUGAACGACUGCGAGCUGGUUGCUGGACGGGAGACGAAAGAAAUGACUAUACUUGCCCCAACGGAACAUCGCACAGUUUGUGCUUCAUCAUCAAGCACCUUACUUCAUGCAAAGUAUUUUAUGCAUUGGAUGAGUGUGACAAGGAGGUGGUCCACUACGCUGAGCACAAUCCAGAGUGCUUUGCUGUGCUCAGCCAGGACUCGGAUUAUGUUAUUUACAAUAUGAGAGUGCUUUACCUUUCGGCCUCGUACUUAGACAUAAGUACAUUGCAGACAUACACCUACGAUGGCAACGCCCUGGCAUGUCAUCUGGGGCUUAGUCCUGAGCUUCUCCCAUUGUUCGCCUGCCUUGCAGGCAAUGACACCGUCAGCAGAGAACAUCUGAUGUCAUUCCAUGGGUCUCUUGGAGGGGCUUCUGGUGUACUUUCAGGUCGCUACCGCGGUCACGCAACCCGCUUUCAAAAAGUUGCUGCUGUCAUUCGCCAAAGGGACUGGAGGGCAAUUCCUGAUUCUUCUGUGGCCACAUAUACAAGUGUAAACUUGGACUUGUUGAAGGAAGGCGUGCAAACAUAUAACUUGAAUGACGACGGCAGCAAUUUUGGAGUGCCCUUGGGCAUUGAUGAAGCCAGUUGGUCUCUGGUGCUUAGCACGUACAGGCACGCUGCAGCUGCCCCAGGUGUUCUGCAAGUACUUUAUGGUCGAGAGAUCUACCUUGGUGAAGCCAUGGAGGAGCCAAUGGCUACACACCAUGUCACAGCGCACAGCUGCUUCCGGCCUCUCAGGCGCAGGAUUUAUUGGGUCCUUUUUGGUGGAGAUCCGUCUGUGUUUAUCACUGAACAUGUUACAUACCCUGGAAACAUUGGAAUUAGGGAUGAGACUGUGACAUGUGCACCUUUCAAUUUUCAAGGUGAAUUACCACGCCUUUGUGAUCUUUGGUCUGAAGACCCAUCCUUGGAGGCUGUGCGCUGGCAUCUCUUCUGUGGUUGCCUACAAACUGAGAGCCAGCUUGAGCGGCUCAGGUCACUGCCUUCUUCUUAUUUGGUCUUGUGCUGCACAUUACGUGAGAUGUUUCUGGUCAGAGCUAUUGGGGCAGCGGAACUCAGUGCACUUCUUGUGCAGUGCAUCAUGCCCGAUGAACAGAAGCUUGAACUAUCACAAAGGCAAAUUCCGAACAGCCAGAUCGAUGCAAAGCUGGUAAUCAUCGCCUCAUAUGUCAUGGUUGGGGUCCAGUGUAUGACGAUGGCCCUCAGCGCCUGUGGCCAACCAGUGUCCAUUCAAAAUGCCGCACCAUGGCUUUUCUUUGACGGAAAGCUGUUUCACCUCAUUCAUCAUGAGCUCACGCAGUUGAGCACCUCAUUCUCCUCUUUUCUGCAGCACAAUGUUGGUCGGCUACGUCUCUACCAUCGGAUGUGGAGCAUCAUCACUUCUUAAGAACGUCCACGACAUCUGAACUUGCUGCUUUGACCAUUGAACCAAACAGGAUGUGCACAUUUGUUAUGUUUUUUGUACAUUUUAACAAAUUAUUUUAUCAGAACAGUUGUGUGUAAUGUAUAGUCAAUCAUGGACACAAUAAAAAAAAAUGUUGCAGAAGUUGUUUUCUGUGUUGGAAGGUGCUGCGCUUUUCACAUUUCAUUAAAACUGCGUGGCCCAAUGUUGUGUUGCAACUGAAGUACACUGCAAGUUCUGUUGUGUGCUCAUCCUACACU